CUUUCAUGGGGUCUUUUGGUUGAUAUCGAGCACUCAUGGCAUCGUUUUCAGAGGAGUGUAGGUUUCUAGACUGUUUUAAAAGGAAACGUGUUAAAAUAACCCUGCUCGAUACACAAGUCAUAGCGGUUAUACAGCGCAUUAAUCUGAACAAGACGGUGAUUCUAGAGGAUGUAUAUGAAGUACAAACCGGGAGGAAAUUUCCAGGUGUUAAACUCAUUUUUGGACACGACAUCGUUAAAGUUGAACUUCACUUUCCUGUGAGUCAUGCCAACCUGUGCAGUGUUGAUGACGCGCACAAGACAACACUUCAAUCUCUUGGAAACAGGACAAUACUGGAUGAUAUUGUUGAACACGAGGACUCCAUGAACUAUGUGCUGAUAGAUGAACUUCAGGAGAAGUUUGGUCCAGCUGUUACACACAUCCAAGAACAAAAAGUGAUAGGAAUUGGAGCUAACUUUUUUGGACCGGUCGAGCAAGAGAGACUUUGUUGGUUGCAGGUUGCCACUAAGAAUGUAGUGUACAUUUUUGAUAUCCUUUUGCUUGGUGCAAGAGCAUUUAAAAAUGGGCUGUGCAUGAUUCUGGAAAAACGCCACAUCUUAAAGGUCACGCAUGACUGCCGAUGGAUUGUGAGAUGUCUACGAACGCAGUUUAAUGUGAAUCUUACUAAUGUGUUUGAUACACAGGUUGCUGAUCUAAUGCUUUUCUACAAGGACACAGGAGGCUUUCUACCGGACAGGGUCAGCACUCUGCAAGAGGUGGUCAGAAUUCAUCUAAAAGUGCCUGUAAACAAACUUUCUCCUCUCUGGAUCCAAGAACAGUGCACUGAGGAGAAUCCAGAGGUCUGGUAUAUUCGUCCUUGUCCACCCGUCCUGUUGAAGAUUAUGGCUGUGUCAGUCGUUCAUCUGCUUCCUUUGCGCUUGGUUUUAUUGGAUGCCCUUAUGUCCGACUACACGACCCUCGUCGAUUCCUACAUGAGCAGCUACCAAAACAAAUCUGUUCACAUGCUGCAUGAUGGCAAGCAGAAUGGAGUGGAGCUCCCCGAAGAAAUACAAGAAUUGGAGGCAGUACGACAGGAACGCAUAAAGUGGGCUAGUCGUUGCUACUUGGUUACUGAUGAUGGCCUUCUGGACCGUUCCAGCUUUAAAUCAUGAAGUCUGUCUGUCCUGGGACAUUUCCAGUCAAUGCCACUGCAAUGGCAUUCUCUAGAUGUUAAAGGGAUAGUUCACCCCAAAAUAAAUAUUUUUACAUAAAUCAUUUAACCCCAUGUCGUUCCAAAUUAGGGCUGCAUAACAAUUAAUCGCAACUAAUUGUGUGCAGAAUAACAGUUUUGUAUAAAAAAAACUUUUUACUUUCCUAAAAUUAUACAUGCAUGUGUGUGUGUGUGUGUGUGUGUGUGU